GAAAAUCAAUGCGUAGACAUAUCGCGACAUUCCAUUCAAUCGUUCCAUUUCCUCUUCCGGAAUUUUUGAAGCACACCGACUAUCUUCUGUGUGUAAUUCCGUUAAAACGCUGAUAUGAGGCUGUGUCUGCUGUUUGUGGUCACUCUGUUGUCCUUGGCCCCGUCAGUUCGCGGUGUCGACAAAAAGAAGCUCCAAAUUGGCAUCAAGAAAAGAGUUGACAACUGCCCCAUCAAGUCCCGUAAAGGGGAUGUGCUGAACAUGCACUACACUGGAAAGCUGGAGGAUGGAACAGAGUUUGACAGCAGCAUUCCAAGGAACCAGCCCUUUACCUUUACUCUGGGAACCGGACAAGUCAUCAAAGGCUGGGACCAGGGCCUGCUCGGAAUGUGUGAGGGAGAGAAGAGGAAACUGGUCAUCCCCUCAGAGCUUGGAUAUGGAGACAGAGGAGCGCCUCCUAAGAUCCCAGGUGGUGCCACUCUCAUUUUUGAAGUUGAACUGCUCAGCAUCGAGAGGAGGUCUGAUUUAUAGUGAACGUUAACUUCAAGCAAAAUCAGCGGCCUGUUAGUGCUGGUUUUAAGUCAGUGUGCUCUACCACUUAUAAGCCAUCGAAGAACCUGCAUAAUAUACAUACUAUUCAACUAUAACUAACAUCAUAUGUAACUGGUACUCUCUGGUGAAUCCAAUGCCUUAAAAAUGUCAUCAUUUUUAGUUCAGCAUUCAGUUGCCCCUUACCUCAUUCCUGUGUUAUGUUUUCCUGAACGUUAUGCCAUGACCAGCUCUUGCUCUUUGACUUAAAUGUAUCAUCAUUCUCAGGGCAUAUAACAGGGCAUAUAACACACAUGCUAUAUGGUAGUACAAGAUAAGCGAUGGUGCACUAUUCAGUAGGGUUUUUGGGCUCUAUUGAAAGGAUUUAUUUGUAACAGAUUUCCAAUUUCACUACAUUGGUAUACAAGACUUGACCAAUGGUCUUGUUUCAGUAAAAGAUUAAAGAUUUGGAUUUUGAAA